UUCUAAAAUGUUGUGAUGAUUAUUGAUUAAUGAUUAUGAUAAUAAUUUUAAUAAUUUUAAUAAUGAUCAAAGUUUAAUCGAUUACAAUUCUAAUAUCGAUGAAAGAAAAAGAAACUAAAAGGAUACUAUAUUUCAGAUUUUACAUCCGAAGUAAUAAACAAAUUGAAACAAAUAAAAAUCAAGCAAGAACAUGAAAAUACCAACGCAAAAAUAUAUGCAAGAUACUUCUAUUGCAUUUCUAAUGAACAAAUUACUCAAACUUGGAAUUGUAAUGAGAAUAACUAUGUUAAAAAUUCCUCUAUCGAACUGUUUAAAAAUAAUACAAUGUGUUGUGACAGUAUAUUUUCCUCUUUGAAUUUUUGGGGUGCCAAUAUAGUGAUUUUUGCAAACAUUAUUUACAUUAUUCCUUAUUUUAUAGUCGUACUUAUUUAUUAUAUUAUUCCGAAUGUAGGAACGCGAGCUUAUCACAAAGCUGUCAUAUCUUAUAAUAUUAUACAAAUUAUCUUAAAUAUAAUUAUAAUUGCGAUAGGUACAUGUGUCCUAUGUCAUAUCUCUAUCCAUUCCAAUCUUUACGUAAUUUUGGGUUUGAUACUCAUGUUCCUUACCAUAUCCUCGACAUCUUGGCUUUUCGUCAUUUGCAUUGACAUGACAUUGGUAAUCACGCGAUUCCGUUCUACAUUACCGACCGAUACGAAUCAGCAGCAAGAAAGAAAGAAAUUUUUAAUCUAUGCUAUUUGUACUUGGACUAGUUCGUUGUUACCGACAGUUUUGGCUUGCGUCGCCGAUUUGACAACGUUGCUUCCAAUAUCUUCACCUAUCAGGCCGAAUUUCCAACGAUUUAACGAUGGUAUAAAUUUAACUGCUAUUCUUUAUGUAACAAUAUUUCCAGCUCUAACUUGUUUUGCGAAUACCAUACUUUUUUUGUACACCUUUUAUAAAAUGAUUUUGAUACGAAAGUCAACAUCUUUUGCGACUGAAAACAAUUAUAUAACAAAAAUCAAUGAGGCAAAAAAGCAAUAUAUUGUUUAUCUCAAAUUAUAUCUCUUGAUGGAUUCACCCUGGAUCACCAGCGGUCUUGCUGCUGCUUUUAAUGAACUAUGGAUAUUAAAAUUUUUUCGAAUGAUCCAACCUAUGCUCAUGUUAUUGGUAAUUUUACCUCCAGGAACGAUAUCAAAACUUUUCAAGUGCAAUUAUAAACUUCCUAAAUGAAAUUAAAUGAAUGAGGAUAAAGAAAAAUGGGAAAAUGUUUCUUCUUAUUGUCUAUUUAUUUAUUCUUCUCUGUCUAUUUAUUCUUUUAUUUUUUAAAAUCAGAUUAAAUAUUAAAUUGAAUAUUAAUAUUUUGAUUGUUUGUCUAUGAAGAUUAUAGGAGAAUUCAUGAAUAAAAAAAGACUAAACGGAAGUAACAUUAUAAAUAAUUUAAAAUCUAUUAUCAUAAAUUUUGGAUAUGAUAUAAAACUGAAAUGAAACAUCUUUUAUCAAAAUAUUUCAAUUAUCCGAUUUCAAUUAUUUAAUGAUCAAUAUAAAAUAAAAUUUAAAUUAAUAUAUUUAAAAAUAUUUGGAAAA